AUGAAUUACAAGAACAUCUUGUAGACGUCCAGAUAUCAUCGGAUGAUGAAGACAAUGACGAUGACCCUGUGUUUGACUUUGAACAAGAUUUAUAUAAGCAGGCCUUAGUUUUAACAGAAUUUGAAAAUGAUCUGUGA